AUGAGCAACAAGGGCAGGUCCACACCUCGCGUUGUGUGCUGUGCAAUCCCCAUCGCAAGAUCUGCAGGCAAGGUUCUCGUAGUCACCAGUCGCAAACGACCAAACAAUUGGGUCUUACCGAAAGGAGGUUGGGAGCCCUCAGACGGGAUGCUAGAAGCAGCAGCCUCGCGGGAAGCCUUGGAAGAAGCGGGCGUGCGAGGCAAGAUCACCCGAUUCGUAACCACAAUCCCCUCCGCGUCAUCAACGUACCACUUUUACGAGCUCGACGUCGCCGACCUCGAUGCCGACUGGCUCGAGAGCAAGGAGCGUCGCCGCGAGUGGGUCGACUACCCCGAAGCCAUCCGCCGACUCUCGUGGAAAGCCGAACUCGCCCAAGGCCUCGCCCUCUCGUCUCUCGCCCCAAGGCGGUGA